UGAAAGGUUUUGGGUAAUCAGCAUGUGAGGAUAGCUUCCAACAUUUAUUGCUAUGCAAAGCAGAAGGAAAGGAAUGCGCCAACAUGAUUUUUUUUUUUUUUAAUUUGCCCAUCUGGUUUUGUUUCGGGAUUAGAGAGAAAAUUCCUUCCAUCCAGCAAAUGCCAACUGGCAACUUGGCACCUUUCCCAGUUCUGGCAUGAAUCAAACCAAUAAGACCAGCGUAGUGAUUCUGUAUCUUCACAUAUCCAGUACAUGUGGAUGAUGUAUUUAGCUUUAUCAGGAUACAUAAAGUUUGACCAUGUCAUUAUGAAAAAGUGCUUUUUAACAUCCAUCUAAUCCUUCCAGAUUAUUUUCUACGAGGACAAAAACUUCCAGGGUCGCCGCUAUGAGUGCGACAGCGACUGCUCAGACUUCCACACCUACCUGAGCCGCUGUAACUCCAUACACGUGGAGAGCGGCGUCUGGGUGGUCUACGAGCGUCCCAAUUACAUGGGCCACCAGUAUGUUCUGACACGUGGAGAGUACCCAGAGUUCCUGCGCUGGAUGGGCCUCAAUGACCGUCUCAGCUCCUGCAAGCUGAUCCACUUUACAAGCGGGACACAGUACAAGGUGCAGGUCUAUGACAAGGUAGACUUUGCAGGUCAGUCAUUUGAGGCCACCGAGGACUGCCCGUCUGUUCUGGAGCGUUACCGUUUGAGAGAGGUGCACUCUUGCAAGGUCCUGAACGGCUACUGGGUAUUCUAUGAGCAUCCCAAUUACCAUGGUCGCCAGUACUUCCUGGAAAAGGGUGAAUAUCGCAAGCCUGUGGACUGGGGCGCAGUCUGUCCCACCGUGCAGUCCUUCCGCCACCUGACCGAGUCACCUUAAUCAAACAAGGACGUGCUGCAUGAUUAUAGCGCUUUGGUUGUGAUUUAAACUGAGGUCCUGGAUGAAAUAAAGUUUGACUUGUAAUUGCUUGGAAGAGUCUGUCUGAUUAUUUACAAGGUUUUAUAUGAUCC